AUGACGAACUUCGGCCGCGUUUUUCAGUCUAGUGUAUUUAGACACCUCAAGUGCUCGUCAUUGAGUGACACAGAACUUUAUAACAUCGAUCCAGGGAUAUCAGAAUGGAAAGGUUUGGACAGGAGGAAAAGGAAGCGGCGAGGGCUGGACAACAGAGUGAUCAUCACACAACACUUCACCGAGAGAACAGUCACACCAGGGGGUGAUAUAAGCAUGCAGUGUUCAGCGAGUGGAGACAGAGCGCCGCAGUUUGUGUGGGAGAGAGAUGGAGUAGCCAUGUCCAGUAACACGGAUCCUAGGUAUGCUCUAGGUCAGCUGAUGACGUCAGACAACUCGGUAGUGGCUCAGCUGAACAUCACCAGGGUGAGGGUGGAAGACGGUGGGCUGUACUCCUGCAUAGCGCGAGAGGGGGAUCACGUCGCCGCUUAUGAGAACAGACUAGAUGUGUAUGGACCCCCGUACAUUCGAUCACUACCACCGAUCAAAGUCCAGAGUGGCGAACCCAUCAAUUUAAGAUGUCCGUUCUACGGAUACCCCAUAAGCAAAAUCGACUGGGAGUUCAAAGGCAAAACGAUAAAUUCCAACAAUCUAUUUCAACGAUACAAACGGAGUAACCAUCGGAAGAAAACAAGAAGAAGCAUCGUCAACAUACACGGAGUGUUGACGAUACCAGAAGUAAAUAAGGAGGACAAUGGAGCAGUGUAUACGUGCAUAGUCACCAGCCCUUCAGGAGAGAUGGCUAGACGCGCCUUCGAGAUCCAAGUGAUUGAAGCUCCUGUGCUAGAAGACUUGCUCCUUGGCAACAACCUCCAAGAGGGACAGAUCGUCAACAUAUACUGUAAUGUACGGAGCGGAGACUUGCCGAUACAUUUCGAGUGGCUGAAAGAUGGGAAGAGGAUACCAAGUAACUUGAAAGUCGUGGAGAGAAGUUCGGAGCUAUUCAGCGCUCUGGUAAUAAAAAAAGUUUCGUUGGAGCACUGCGGCACUUACACUUGCGUCGCCUCCAACCAUGUUGCCAAAGUUAACAGAUCCACGGAACUUUACAUCAAAGUGGCUCCGAAGUGGCUGGAGGAGCCGAUGAAUUCGUCGCUGCUGCUGGGGCGGCGCGGCGCGGUGUCCUGCAGCGCCAGCGGCUACCCGCAGCCGCAGGUGCACUGGAUGAAGAAAGAUGCUCUCCUUGGCACAUGGCAACCGGUUCUGGAGCUAGCUGGUGGUGGAAUACUGAGUCUGCCAAACGGGACCCUCGUUAUUGAUGAGGUGUCACUCACAGACGAAGGCUUGUACUCAUGCAACGUCGAGAACGGAGUCGGCACACCGCUUAGCAAAACUGUGUGGAUGAGUGUUAACAAGCCUGUAUAUUUUGAAACGCCUUCUUACAAUGUGACUUCUCGUCUGGGGACGUCCGUGACAUUGGAGUGCCGAGCGCUGGGAGACGAGCCCAUACGAAUAAUUUGGUCACACAAUGGCAACAUUGUAGAUUUUCAUAGUCACAGAGCCAAGCAUACAGAAACCAAAUCUCUACUGGGACUAACCAGUACAGUGACCAUCCAGUAUUCUGAAGCAAGUGACGCCGGCUUCUACCAGUGUCGAGCUAGCAACCCGUUUGGUGCUGCUACUUUCAAUAUAUUUUUAACAAUUUUAGAACCCCCAACUCCACCCACGGAGUUGCGCGUGGAGUCAGUGGGGUCUCGCAGCGCACGGGUAUCAUGGCGCGGCGCGGCGCGGGCUCGCGGCUACGUGCUGCAGCAUGUGCCGGCACACACGCAUAUCGCCUGGGACCGCGCCGUUGUUGUUAAUAUUACAAGACAGGAGAACGAACAGAGACAGACCAUAGAAUUAGAGAGUCUAAGACCGGCCACGUCAUACGCCGCACGCGUAGCCACGGGCAACGAGGUCGGCGUCAGUAGAUACACCCCGCCUAUACACUUCACCACACAUGAGGAGUCCCCUUCAUCCCCACCCCUGAACGUGCAAGUGGAACAAACGCAGAACCCUGGAGAACUGCUGGUGUCCUGGAUGCCUCCGCCCAAAGAUUCUCACAACGGAGAACUGACCGGGUACCACAUUAAAACCUCCCCGCAAAGUACACUUUCAGGGGAUGUUGGAUCGAGGUCUCUGAAGGUUUCCCAUAAAGAAGGCAAACAAGAGGCCAGGAUAAGCGAUCUUUUGAAAAACACAAGGUACGCAGUGUCAAUAUCGGCAAUGAACAGUGCAGGGACUGGACCUUUUUCUCAUCCUGUUUAUCAAGAUACACUGGAAGGAGCACCCGAGACUGCUCCAGCGUCUGUAGAAUGUACGGCGGUAUCGUCCACUUCCUUGCGCGUUGGUUGGCAACCGAUAACCACUCACGGACAAGGGACAUCACUUAUUGGAUACAGCAUCUUGUAUGCUACCGAAGUCAGUACGUGGCAGAACCAAACCUCCCUCCACACGGAGAUCUACCUGCAGAAUCUGCUGAAGUACACCAACUACACGGUCAAGGUCGCGGGGUUCUCCAACUACGGCGUCGGACCCUUCUCCUAUCCCAUCGCCUGUGCUACGCUACAAGAUGUUCCCGAAGCACCCGCAGAUUCAAAGCUUCUAGUCCUAUCACCAACAUCACUGCUCAUAAGUUGGAAGAGACCCGAACACACGAAUGGGGAAAUUAUGUACUACACUGUUUACAUCAAACCUACAUCUGGUAGCGGUCCACCACAAACCCAUCGAGUGGACCCGACGCGCUCGUUAGCGGAACUGAAGGAGCUGAUCACUGGUCGGGCGUACGAGGUGUGGGUGACCGCGAGCACCGCCGCCGGGGAGGGCGCAGCUAGCAAACGACUUACACAUGCCCCUGCGCAGCGAGUCGUAGCCGGAGUAGCGUCUCUCGGCGGCACAAUAUCUGUCGGGGUCGGCUCCUCGCUGCUGCUGGUGUGUCAAUGUGUGGGGGUACCACCGCCACGCACGGUGUGGUACCACAAGCACAACAUCAUCACACACCACCCCCGCUUCACCAGGAACCAUGAUGAUAGUCUACUGAUUAAUAACAUAGACCAAUCCCUAAGCGGCAACUACACAUGCCUAGCCAAGAACCUCUACGGUUCGGACUCUGUGGAGUACACAGUGGUGGUGCUACCACUGCCAGAAGCGCCGAUACUCCGCGCCACGCCCUACAAAGACUCGAUACUGGUGGAGUGGGAACAGCCUUACUACACCAGCAACACUUCCCUGCAGAAGAUAACUUACAGCCUAACAUGGAAGGAAGCCAACGGCCCGUGGCAGGAGGCGUGGUCACCGAACAAGCUAUCCAACUUAUCCGGUGUACAGAAGUACGCGCUAACGGGUCUCAAGUGCGGGACAAAGUAUUCGCUACGAAUCACUGCGACGAACAAAGUUGGCACUUCACAACCGGCGUACUUGGAUAUCAGCACGUUAGGAGGAGCACCCAUAGCACCUUCUGGCGACGAGUGGCUCUGGAGCAACAGUACCCAUCUAGUGGUGUCGGCGGGGGGUUGGCGCGGCGCGGGGUGCGGGCUGCGCGCACUCGACGUGCUCUACCGCGCACAUAAUGCUGCUACAUGGCUGAGACCGCAUAGCUUGAUCUCCCACGCUGACUUGACAUGGUCCCUGCCGAUGUACGAAGCGACGGGGUACCGGGACAACUCCAUCACGAUACCCGACCUGGUGCCCGGGACCUGGUACCAGAUCAGAGUCACGGCGGCCAACGAGGCGGGCAGUGUUACCACCACUUACAACUACGCCACCAAGAAUGAGGAUGGCAGUGAGGUUGGUCCUCCAUCAGACUCGUUCGAUCUGAACGUGCUGGUGAUAAUCUUCAGCUCCAUACUGUUGGCCAUCUGCUUCAUCUCCUGUGUCUACAUGUUGGUGAAAAGACAGAGAAACGACCACUUCACCGAGUACCGGGAGUCAAUAGCGACGGACAACAAGUCAGAUAGCGGCAACCUGACGAGCGCGUCGCACAGCACACUCGCCGCCGCCGCGGGCAAGGACCCGCCCCGCCUCUACAGCGCGCCUGUGCAGAUGAGGAAUAAUUCGAAACACGAACUGUACGAGAUCAGUCCAUACGCGCAAUUUGCUAUCGGGUUCCGGACGUUCGGUCACACCGACAACCAGGACCUGCCAAACAGACACGUCAAGUCACGAUUUGAUACAGAAACGAGUUUUCAAAUGUGUUCAGAGUCAGAGGACAGCGACAGCGUGUCAAAGUCCACGCUGAAGAGUGUGCCAAGAAAUAUUUGCCGUACCCCUCACCACAGAUAACUGAUAAAGAAAUAAGACAGGUAACGAUCAGAAAGGACCACCACAACAA